AUGGAAUUUACGUUUGAGUUCAGUCGGCACGCAUCAUGCGCCACGCUGUUUAAGGUAAAUAGCGCGAGAGACCUUCUACCGAUCGGCAUACCGGAGUACGUGUAUGAAGAAGAAGGUGACGUCACGCUCGGCUGCAUGAUCCCGCUGCGUCGCUUCUCUUCUACCAGUUUCUGCGAUGAGGAUUUGAACGUCGUGCCGCCGUGGACUACGGCAUUCUACACGUUUAAACACGCUGUCGAUCUAAUUAACAGCAACAGCACUCUGCUCCCUGGUGUUCGGCUUGGCGUGAGAGUGGUCGAUACCUGCAAUAAGGCCUCCACCGCAUUGGCGCAAGCACUGAGAUUUCUGCCCGAAACACUAAGCAACACAAGCAACACGACAGCUGCAUACCUACCUGAUGUUGUUGCAAUAGUCGGCGAUGGACGUAGUCAUGGCUGCAUUCUAAUGGCUCCUCUCUUGAUGCUCUAUGAAGUUCCUCAAAUCAGCUACUGGGCCACGAAUGACAUACUCAGUGACCGGGCUAGAUACGCCUACUUCUACCGCACCGUGUUACCGGACAAGGAGCGCAUUCGCACAAUGAUGGAUGUUUUGUCACAUUUCGGCUGGACCUACAUAUCAUUGCUCUAUCAGGACGAUCCACACGGACAUAAUGCGCUUAAGGGCAUCAAGCCGCUGGCAGCGGAGAGAAGCAUUUGCCUUGCCGUAACGAGAAUGGUUGAGUGGUCAAUGGACAACGAAGAAGACUACACCCGGCUCGCACAAGAACUAAUCGAUAACUGGAAUGCUAGAGUGGUCCUCAUGUACCUAUUCGAGCCGUUUCCACAUGGAAUUCUCCGUGCCUUGCAAACACUUGGAGCAGAGAAUCACUUCAUAUUCUUUGCAUCUGACGCCUGGGCUCAAACAACGGAUGAAUUCAAAGAAAUUAGGACCGUUGCUCAGGGCGUAUUCGGUUUUGACAGUUAUGCGAAUCAAUUGGCUGACUUCAGAGACUACUUUAGAACAUUAAGUUUAGAAACAGAGAAACACAACCCGUGGUUUGUGCAGUAUUUAGAGUCAUAUCAAAACUGUAGCAUAGAUGCUUCAUCUGAUAGACCUUGCAGCAGCACGGACCUCUUUAAAAUGUACCCAGAACUGCCCAACGUUGCCUAUUUUAUUAUUGACCCCGUGUUCGUAUUUGCACAAGCAAUUCAUAAUAUCAGAGAGACGCAAUGUCCUGGCGCAAUUGGAUUUGCUCUAAGGCAGUGCAUCACCGGACCAUUAAUAUCACAACAGCUUAAUUAUGGACAGUUCAAUAGACCAGCUGGAAAUUCGAUUAUUUUCGACGCUUUUGGUAACGUAAAGGGUAAAAUCUCAAUACGCAAAUUCACAAAAACCUUCAAAAUAAACAAUAACUCCGGCACUAAUAAUUCAGUCAGCGAUUACGAGAUGGUAGGAGUAGGAUACUGGGACGUCCUCACCAAGUCCCUGAACAUGAAUGAUGACUACAUACAUUGGCCAAAGGACCACACGGAAGAAGGCCCACCUGAGUCUAUUUGCAGCAAGCCAUGUCCAGAACGCUUCUACAAAAUACAGCUGGAGCUGCCGUGCUGCUGGGAAUGCCGCCGCUGUCGAAUCAAUGAGUAUUUGUUAGAGAAUCGAACGGACUGCUUGCUGUGCCCGCUAUACUCGUGGCCUGCCGAACCGCACGGCACGACUUGUGAACUCAUACCUGUGACCUACAUCCAAUGGGGAGACGCUCUGGCCGUGCUAUUAACUACCAUCGCCGUCGUUGGCGUCAUCUGCACCACCGUAAUAGGUGUUAUUUUCAUCAAA